AUGGUGGGGCAGGACUCCCCCGACGGCGACUUCAUGACCUUCGACGAGUUCUUCGGCGGGCCGGGGACUCAGACGAUGAAGAAGAUCGGCCUGCUGAAGCGCCAGAAGAGCAAAACUGGAAAAAACGAACUGCUGCGCGUGCUGCAGAAUCAGCGUGUGCACAUGGACGAGAGUGCAAUUCACUUUGUCGCUGCGCCGCGCGCGGGCCGUCGCGCCGACGCGCGGAACUCGGUCUUCAAGUUGGCUCAGAGAUUCCGCGCGCUCCCUGACAGCGAAAACGUCGCAUGCAUCCACAAAAUGUUCAACGGCGUCUUGGAAGACGAGGAGUCUGGCGACGAGGACUGGGAACCCAGCUUCCGAAAGAUGCCCGAAGUCUUGAAGAGCAAGCGCGCCACGCCCAUCCUGGAGGACGCGUCGCCUGAACACCUGAUGGAUGAAGCCAACUCGAUGGGCGACGACGCCCAAGCAGCUCCCCAGGGAGUGCUGACCUACGAUCAAAUCAACGAGGACCAAACUGUCGACAAGUUCGUCAACGACGCCACAGGACAUCCCGCCGCCGCCAGCCGCGCGGCCGAGGAACGCCGAGACGACGACAAGGAGGACAGUGACGACGACGAUGAUGACGAUGAUGAAAUCCACUUUGCUGAAGAAGAGAUGGACGCCCUCAACUCGAUGCAGCGGGAGUUCAUCAACAGGAACCUCUUCGCCUGGUUCACCGACGUCCGGCACGCGUACGAGACUGGCGUCAAACUCGUCAAGGUCAACGCCCUCGGCCAUAAGUUCAUUCGCAUCGUGGAAGUCAAGGACUUUCUUCUCUCCAUCAAGCAGCCCCACACGCUGAGCACGGUUAAGAUCGACAGACAAGUAGCUGUGACGUCCAUCGUGGCUGUUCGCCUCGGGAAGGAGUCCAGGCAGUUCAGCGCCAUGAAGAGCCUCAUUGAGCAAGGCCUUUCUGCUGCUGUUUCCAGUCCUGCGCCGACGCAAUGCGCGGUUGUUGAGCUACCAGGCAAUCGCACGCUCUCCCUUAUCUUCUUGGACGAAGAAAACAGGAACGGCUUCGUGUUUUUCUUGCGCGUGAUGAUCAAAAAGGCCCUCGCGGCUGCGUCGACACUCCAGGAGAGCUGA